AUGGUUGCGCAAACACCCAGCGGUUCAGGAGCACAACCAACAGUGCCUGGCGUACAAAUUCCGUCCGGUCAAGGGCCUCCUGCUGCAACACCAUCUGUUGUAGCGCCCUCUGCUAUACCAACACCACCUGUUGUACAGGCUCCAGCCGACUCAGCUCCGUCUCCUGAGGCAUCAUCAAGUACCAGCCAGCCAGCCGUGUCAAAUUCCAACGGCUCCGGUGCAGGUAGCAAUCCGGCCAGCAGUACCGCUUCAGUCAGUGCAUCGCCUGCUCCGGUUGCUGGUAAUUCUGGGACAAACGCCGCGGCACUCGCAGGAGCAGCUGUUGGGGCAGCUGUCGGAGCCGCGAUUCUUACCUUCUUAAUCACAUUUAUGUUUCUUAGAAAGAAGAACCAGAAUCAUCGCCAACACAGGAAGCAUAGGUCCGGCAGUGGUGGCCUUUCCACGUAUACUGAAAAGGCUCUCCCAAAGGAUCCAUCGCAGGGUGGUGAUACGGUGUCAGCAGUAUCUACAUUGCAGAAGCAUCUCCCCCAAUCAGCAGAUGACACAACCAUUCGGUCUUCUGUAAAGACACUUUUUGAUCAGGUUGAGCUUCACGUCGAGAACUUCUACCGAGAUGUGGCUGUUCAGAUAACCGAGACUCUGCAGGCGCAAUUGCUCAGAGUUGAUUCUCCUCACCUGACUGAAUCAAUUGUUGAUCUUUUGCCUCGUGCAAGAUCCCAGACCGCUUUGAUCAAGCAUUGUCUGCUAUCCUAUAUUGUUGCCUCCAUCUCGGUUGAUGACAAUUCCGUUACAUCCUUACUACCAACCGAGUAUGCCACGUUGCCCCACGUUGUUCGAGCCGCUGGACAGAAGAAGCCUGGUUUCGACCAAGCCCUCUCACAGUGGCGGGUCCUGAGCGCCUACCUCCGUCCGCCACCCAAAAACGACCAAAGCUACCUCUCUCAACGUGACGCCAAUGUCUCCGCCGCCGCAGCCGCUUUCACCAAUGCCUUCUCGGCGUGGGCAAGCAGCGCCUACAGCGACAGUGUCCGACGUCAAAACGUGGCCGAGAUCUUCAAGAGUGCCGCUGAUGUUGGCAUCUUGAUCUUCUCGCAGCCAUCUUCGUUCACGUAUCAGUGGGGCACGUCACAGGAUAAUCGGGGUGGUGUUGUAGUUGUGACACCGGCGUUUUUGAAGGUGAGCGAUGAGAAUGCGAGGGUAUUGGAGAGGCCGCAGGUUAUGAUUCAGAUGGUUACGCAGAGCAUCUGA